AUGCACCACCUCAUUAGCCACAGGCCGCACCGCAGCUUCCUGUAUGUCGAUGACAUAUUCGCAAUGUUGGCGGCACAGCACAGCACAGAGCUCACUUGCCUGAUCAUAUGCUUCCUAGCCGCGGUCAACGCCCCCAUCAGUUGGAAAAAGGCACAGAUCGGGCACUGCAUCACUUGGUGCGGUUGGUCCUUCGAUCUCCUGACCGACACCGCCCUGGAGGCCAUGCUAGGCCUUCUUACAUGGGCAACCACCAUGUCGCCUCAGCUCCGCCCGUUUCUUGCACCGUUAUACAACGACCUGCACAGUGCCAAGGGCACCCUGCACAGCAUACCAGCAUCGCAAUGGACGCAUUUUUACCAAUCGCUAGACGAUCGGGCGUGCGUGCAGCACACAGCAGGCAUGUGGCUGCCAAAACAAGCCAAACUCCUGGAAGUUGGCAACAUCAAGAUUGAAAGCAAGGCAGAUGUCCCACGACUCGCCUGGCAGCGCAUGCGCGGGCACCGCAUGCAAUUUAUCCUGCCUACUGGCUGCGACAACACCGCAGCAGAAAGCGGCAUAAAUAAGCUCUUCAGCACUGCAGAACCGCUAAGCACCUUUCUGCGCAUGGUGGCGGACUGGGCACACCGCCACAACGUGCAAUUGGCAGUCUCCCAUCUUGCGGGGGAAAAGAACACCUGGGCAGACGAGCUCAGCUGGGAUAAACUGCACCGUUUCAUCCAUCGCAACACCGAACUGCCCCUGGCAUUUUUAGCAGAAAACUGCCAAUGCAUUUCGCUCCACCCGCCGGAUGCACACUGGCCCAGCUCUUUGUUGGCAGCAUCCAGCUAG